AUGACUGCCCUUUACUUCGCAAUGUUCCUCUUUGCACUGGGCCGAACAAUUAUCGGCACUGCUGUCCCUAGCAUCACGGACGAGUUCAACAGCUUCGGAGACAUCUCAUGGCGGCUUUGGUGCAAUGUUCGGACCGCAGCUCAGACUGUUCCAUUUCAACAGGAUGCCCCUGUGGGAUUUUCUAUACUGACUUUUCUGCAAGUUCUGGGUGGAACGAUCUUCGUCACGGUCUCCAAAACUUUGCUCGAGACGAGAUUGAUGGAAAGCCUUGACGGUAAAGCCCGGCUAAAUUCCAGUGCCAAUGCACAUGGAGGAGUAAAAUCGUUACGAAACCAAGUAUCGAAGAACCAGCUUGAAUUUGUGUUGCGGGUGUAUGAUGAUUCUCUAAGUUCGAUCUUUUACUUGAAUCUCACGCUUUCAUGCAUGAUUUUUGUUGCCUCCUUCGGAUUUGAGUGGAAGAGCGUGAAAAAGAACGAAAAGAAGACCCAGGGGAAACUUCAGGCCCUCAGGAUGAUGCCGGAGCCAGAGCUACAAGACUUGCUUGCCCAACUCGCCCGUUUCUACAGGACAAAUGAGGCCAGUAUUUCGGCUUCUCGGAACCUGACUACUGGUACAUUAUACCACUCUUCACGUGCGGGAUUAGACUGCGGGCCUUCGGUCACGGCCACGAGGACGACGUCUGCAAGCGCUGUGGGAGGUGAUGCCCGACAGCACUGGCUCUCUGUCAAUUCGCCUGCUGGCUAUGAUCGCCAGGGAAGGUCGUCCCAACAUCAGGAAGUGUUCUCUUCAGUUUCCAAAAGGAAUGACGACCAACUGCCCAUUGGCAGCCCCAGACCAGGGGAGUCCAACACUAGUAGCCAAAGUACUCCUUGUUCGCAUUUCGAUGCAAACACAACCACUGCAUCGCCGACUUCAGGAGAAACGACGCCUCUGCAUGUUGCGACCGAGGAUGAUGACACCUUUGGCACACUUACACUCUCGCCAAGUACGAGACUACUUUUAGAGAGCUGCAAGACAGACCGCGGAAAAUUCUUGCGUGAGAUCGAGGAAGCAAGGACGGCCCUCCCAACGGGGCAGGGUUGGGAGGCCGCGAUAGCCACCAAAGAAGACAAUGCUGACUUGCGUGACCGUAUGAAGGUGUACCAUAGAUUUGAGUGCUACAACAUUUACAAGCACGUUGUCGAGGCCGGAUAUCAUACCGGCACCCACUGGAUCCGGGACAUGCGCACUGCGCUGGCGAACAAGCUUUGCCAGGACUUCCCCCAGCGGUUCCCCGACCAAAAGGCUGUAAAUAAAAGCUUGAAUUGGGUUGAUCAGGGUUGCAAGUAUCAUGAAUGGGCCGGCCAAUUCAGAAGUGAAGGAAUUGCCUUGGGCUAUCUUAUUGCAUUACCUUUAGAUGUGCCUCACUCAGCGUAUGCUUUCCCCCUUCAUCUCCCUCCCCCCAAACAACUCAGUCUCAUUAUCAAACUGAAAAGUCUGGGUAUCGACAACCUCGUGAGGGACCUUGAGCUUUCAGAAUUAGGAGAUCACAUUGCCGGGACAUUGAGGGAUCUGACCGGCAGAAAGCGCAAGGACAUUCAUGACGCGACUGAGGGCUCUCGCAAGUUACCGCGGUUGACGGCGAGCUCCAGCCCAUCAACGAGUCAUGCCCUAGCUGUGCGGCCUGGCCAGAAUCUUACGCCCCCUGAGUCGCUAGUUACCAACUGGGACGGGAAUAAUAACUCCGCGCUAGAAAUGGAAUGCUCAGUUGAUCCCCAUCCCUUUGGUCAGCCCACGUGUGUCAAUGUCUGCCGCUCUAUAGCAGAGACAUAUGCGGCUCCAUAUAAUAGUCCGUUCAAUAUCAGUACGUAUGAUCCUCCUGCGUCUCUAGUUCUUCAUGCCAACCGGGGAACAGUGAAUUUGAGCCCAUCCGCCUAUUCAGGGCUACUUCACAGUCCUGACUAUAAUGCUGCGCUGGAGUCUUUUGAUGAGUUGUGUCAGGACGCAAAUCAUACCGAGGAUUUGUCGUCACCAGAACAACUCCUCACAUUUAUCUGCAGCAUGUGA